AUGCACGUACCGAAGUCAUCGUCUGUCGAGGACUUCGCGGGACAAGUCGUCAUUUACACGGAAGUGGGAAAUGCGAAAUGUGCGAAAGGAAGGGACCUGCUCCACCGGGAACGUAUUCCCUACAUGGACGUUUCUCUCGAUUCGUUCCCUCAGGUGGGCGUCUUCUCAUUGAUGACAAAACAACGGCCGAGUCAAUCGAACAAAGCAGAAGAACAUUAGUAAUCAUACGGAAGGCAGAGAUUCCUUUCUUUCAGCACGCAAAAGAAAUAUUCGACAGAACGGGAACAGACGUCUUGCCACAGAUAUUCUUCAACAAAAUUUACAUUGGGAACGAAGUGGAACUCGAAAGAGUCGUAAGUUCAUUCGAAUCGCUUCCACCGUAAUCCAGGAUACUGUAGAUCAGUGAAAAGAACAAGUGGGAGAGUCUGAUUGAGCACGUUCGCCGGGAGAAGUGUCGGGACGGACCGAUAGUGCCUCAUCCGAUGAAUGCGAUCGGCUUCGAGGAGUACGACGCCGAAAACAACAACAAAUGCGAAGAAGUGUUGUGGGUUCCCGACGAGUACAGCAAACUGGUUCGCGACAUGAGGAACGCGCAACUCAUCAAAAAUAAUCGCGUCGGUGAUCUACGAUUUGUCGAAAAUAGAGUCGAACGUGCUGUGUUUACAGGUUAAACUGAAGGUCUACCGAAACUCGUUCAAAGGCGAGCAACUUGUCGAAUGGCUCAUGCGGCAGAGGGGAAUCAGUGAGUCGGGCGGGUUGUUUUAUGGACCAUAAAGUUCCCGGAAACCGCACAGGAUUACCACAUAAAGUUGCUGAAAUCGGCCGCAAAACGGAACGUUUUGUGUCCUUGAAGUCUUGCCUUCUCGCCUUCGCUCAGCUUUUCGUCUCUUUGAAUUCUUUCUUUUAUUUUAGAGGUUAUUCGUCAGUAGAAGUUGAAGAGUAGAGAAACAAAACACACCAAUCAGCAGUCAGUUUUAUCAUUCCGUCUCUCAGUCUCUCCUCACGCCUCCCCGGUUAUUUCUUCCCCGUCAUCAGAAUCAGUUCGAAUCAGUCGACUUGACUUGACUUGUUCUACUCUUCUUUUUUUAUUCUAUCGUUUUCUCCACCCGAAAUGAACCCGAUUCAACGCAAGAAGUCGUCGAUGAAUCAACGCAAAACUUCGAAUCUCGACAACAUCGACCGUUUUAUUCUCGAGCAACUAGCAGAACGGCAAUGGCAUCUGGAGUACGAGUCAGAUCCGGAAGGGACCGAAUGGAACGAACUCUGUUUCGACGACUCCAUCGCCACUCCAUUCUUGAAAUACUCCCCAUUUCGCUUCGGUACAUUUCCCUUGGGCUUAGUAUUAGACAGAGAGAGAGUAUUUGCAUAUUGGACGUGAGAAAUAACCAAACAAAAAUAAACAAUAGGGGUGACACACGUCCCGAAUGCCAACUGAAUGCGUUUUCAGAGCGUAGCGAGGCGCUGGAGAUUGGCCAAGAAUUGAUCGACAGGCACGUGGGACUGCAGACUUCGAAAGAAGCCGGCAUGACAUUCAGUCCGGACAGGUUGGCCAGACAAUGAGAAAAUAAACACAUUCGGAAUGUUGUAGGUACUAUCAAUUUGCGGAGGACGAUGAAAACAAGCCAUUGAACGCGCAGGCAAGUAUCGACGAGAAUGAGGAGAAGAAGCCGAUUGUACCGGUGGCCGAGAGUAAUGAGAAGUUGAUCAGACUCAUUAGACCGGUGUUCGACGAGAUAUUGACUGACAACAAUCAGGUGAGUUAGAAUGACCCUUAAUUGAAUUAACUGCAUUAUUCUAGUCGAUCAUCUACGGCGGACUAUCCGCCAAUGACAACUUCACUCGUUACCUACAGUACUCUCGGGAACUCAACCAGGUCUCGUUUGAAGAAUCCACUGCAGAUGAGCGUCUGACAUUCUUCAUUAAUGUUUACAACAUGAUGCUCAUCCAUAUCACUCUCAAAAAUGGGCCGCCAAUUGGCAUUUGGCAGCGAAGAAAAGUUAGAUUCCCACUGGAUUCAACGUGACCAACACCUGAUUUCAGCUUGUGAAUGGUACGUAUUAUCUGAUUGGAGGACACCGAUAUGCUCUCCACUCAAUCAUAAACGGCAUUCUUCGUGGAAACAGAAAAGGCCCGGGAAUGUUGUGGAAGGCAUUCGGGAAGCAGGACGAACGACUGCCGGUUUCUCUGUCAACUUGCGACCCUCUCAUCCAUUUCGCUCUUUGCUCCGGAUCCAAGACAACUCCUCCGCUAAGAGUCUAUCAUCCGAAGGUUGACAUAGUUGACAAUGGAAACAUUAAACCCAAUCAUGCGAUUUCAGACUAUUCACCAAGAUCUUCGAGCAAACGCGAGACAGACCCUGAUCACUGGAGACAAGUUUUUGCGAGUUGACAUUAAGAAGAACGUGAUUCACUUGGGAAAGAUAUUCAAAUGGUUUUCCGAAGACUUCGGAGGGUCGACCGAGAAGAUUCUGCAGUGGAUUUUGGAAGUGUUGGAGAACGACGAGAGUGACAAAAAGCAGAAUUUGCAGAAACUAUUCUUCACAGGAGAAUACUGUGUUGAGUACAUUCCAUUUGACUGGUCGACGAACGGAAGAAUGGAAGAGAAGGAGAAGGAGAAGACGGGAACGGAAUCGACGAGCUCCGAGUGA